AUGACAAUUCGUCAACAUAACGUUUUCGCUAAAUCCUACCAGAUGAUGAAGGAUGUACUAAAAGAUCAAUCAAUAAUUAAUCCAAACGGAGACACUGUAGAACCUGAGUUGAAUUUAAUUUUUACAUUGAAACCGGGUAUGGAUGUUAGACGAUAUAAUUAUCAGAGAGUAAAUGAAGUUGCCGCAGUUUUCUCUACGAAUGCGGAUGGUGAAAUUCCUGAGUCUUAUGUUACAAUUCAAAAUAAAACAUCAAAAUCUUUUCAGUAUUUAAGUACUAUGGACCCUAACACUGAACCCUGGGUUUAUCCUUUAUUUCAUCCUUAUGGUAAUCAAGGAUGGCAUCAGUUUAUACCAUACGUGCACAAAACCAAUCGAAGAGUAACGCGUGCCGAUUAUUAUAAGUACAGAUUAGCUAUUCGAAAUGACUUUAAUGUUUUUUUAAUGGGACGACGUUUAUCUCAACAAUGGAUAGUCGAUAGCUAUGUUAAGAUAGAGAAAGAUAGAUUAAAUUAUUGUAAAUUUAAUCAAAAAAAAUUACGGGCCGAAUCGUAUCAAGGCCUAUUAGAUCAUUUACAAUCACGAGUCAAUAAUAAUAAUUCAAAUUCCAACAUAGGUAAAAUUGUUAUUCUACCAUCAAGCUUCUCUGGUUCAUCACGUAAUAUGUUGCAGCAUUAUCAAGAUGCUAUGUCCAUUGUGCGUAAAUUUCGUAAGCCAGAUUUGUUCGUGACUAUGACAUGCAAUCCAAAAUGGCGUGAAAUUACCGAUAAUUUAUUGCCAGGACAAAGUGCUUCGGAUAGACCUGAUUUAGUUGCACGUGUAUUUGAUAUAAAAAAUGAUGUUUUGAUUCAGAUGAUUGUGAAACAAAAUCUCUUUGGUGAAGUUAUUGCUUACAACUGGGUUGUGCAUUGCCACAUUUACACAUGUUAA